GAGAAGCUAAACCUAAAACAAUCUGGUCGUCGGUAGAAGUGUGUUUUAUCAUCAAAAGAUUCCUCUCUGUCUCUCCGAUCUGAAGAAUCUCCGAGACUCACUCACUUCAAUGGCGGAAUCUGUAGCUUCUCAAUCUCCUUCGCUCUCUGAGCAAUAUCAUUUGGAGAAGGAAGUGAAGCAAGACACAAGUGCAAAGCCUGUGGAGGUUGCUCCAGAGGUUACUGCUACUCAAGCUGAAGAGGUUACCACCGACAAAGCCAGUGAAGAGUCUCCUGCUGAGGAAGCUGUUGGGGAGAAGUCUGAGUCUCCUCCUGCUUCUGAAGAGGCUCCUAAAGAGGCUCCUGCUGCUGCAGUGGAAGACAAUGUUGAUGAGACUCCUGCUGCGGUUGAAGAAAGUAAUGAAGAAGUUGUUGAGGAGACUCCUGAUGAGAUCAAGCUUGAGACAGCGCCUGCUGAUUUUCGUUUCCCAACGACUAACCAAACAAGGCAUUGUUUCACACGUUACAUUGAGUAUCACAGAUGUGUAGCUGCUAAGGGUGACGAGGCUCCAGAAUGCGAUAAGUUUGCAAAGUUUUAUCGAUCUCUUUGCCCCGGCGAAUGGGUUGAUAAGUGGAACGAGCAAAGAGAGAAUGGAACUUUCCCUGGUCCUCUUUAA